AUGUUGUUCCCAAAGUUACCACGGAAUCAUUCUCGUUUACUUAUUAUCGGAAUUGGAGAAAAACCUAAUGCAUCUAAAGGUCAAACUUCGUUUACACUAAAACCUUGUUACAACUCAGCCUUUAAAUGUACCGUGUCUGCUCAUAUUUUGCCAAAGAUCACUGACUUUAUCCCGUCGUUGGUUGUUGAGAAUCAGGGUUGGACACAUUUAAAAGGAUUACAGUUAGCAGAUCCAAAUUAUCUGUCACCAGGUCCAGUAGACAUACUAGUAGGAGCAGAUACUUAUGGAAAAAUUAUCGACAAAGGUCUUAUUAAAGGUCCUUCGGAUACUCCCAUUGCGCAGCUUACAAAAUUUGGAUGGAUAAUUUCAGGACCUUCGCAAUCGAUUUUGAAAACAGUAAAUACACGUGGUUUUCACGUCUUUGUCGAGGAAAAUCUCUACAAUCUUCUCCAUCGGUUUUGGGAAUUCGAAGAAAUUCCGUCAACGAAAGUUUCAACCUUUUCCGCUGAGGAACAAGCGUGUGAAAACCAUUUUAAAUCUACCCACACUAGAGACAGAGAUGGAAGAUAUAUAGUGAGACUGCCCUUUAAAUUAUCGACUGAAAAACUUGGAGAUUCUCAAACGAAAGCUGUUCGACUAGUUAAAAGAUUAUUUAGUCAAUUUAAAACUAAUAAGGAUUAUGCAUCUGCUUAUUCAGAGUUCAUUGCGGAAUACGAACGUCUAAAUCACAUGCAACUAUGGUCAACACCUGAUUCAGACUACUUAUCCUAUUAUCUUCCACACCACGGGGUAUGGAGAGAGCAAAGUAUCACUACCAAACUACGAGUAGUGUUUAAUGCUUCGAGUCCAUCUUCUUCGGGAUAUUCACUUAAUGACUUACUUCAUACCGGUCCUAAACUGAUUUGUUUGAUGUACUCAUAUAUUUUCGAUUAUUCCGUUAUGUCUUCUCCACUGACAUAG